CCCGCCUCUGCUUAAAAGCGCGCGGGCGACUCGGCUGUCAAUAGACUGCAAUGACUGCAAGCUAUUUUGUCUGUUUGCUAGGUCGUCUGCGGAGAUCGACGCAUUCCUCUAUAAAUACCAGCUGAAGCCUGCAAGAGGCGGAAAAGCUACUUCAACUUUCAGACCAGUUGCAUUUUCAGAGAGGCUACAACAUAGUUCAUGGCGUUACUGUGGAAGUGCCAUUGCCUGGUGUUGGUCUUGUGUGCCUCCAUGAUGGUGGUCGGGGCAGACUGUGACCAGGACUGUGCUUACUGCGCCUACCAUUUGGCCGGUCAUUUGACAGAGUUUAACCCGCUGAGUUGUACAUUUGAGUGUGAAGGUAAACUACCAUCAGGAAAGGCCUGGGGGAUGUGUAAGGAGCUAGAGGAAGUCAACAAACCCUAUGAUGACAGUCAAAGUUCUCCUGAAAGUGACAAAGAAAAGGAAAAACAACAUCUCCUUUUGAGUAAAAAAUACGGUGGCUUCAUGAAGCGUUAUGGAGGUUUCAUGAAAAAAGCAGACAGCAAUGAUACGUACUUUUCCGAAGUUGACGAUGAAAAUAAAGGAAGGGAGAUAUUGAGUAAGAGAUAUGGAGGGUUUAUGAAGAAAGACAUUGAGAGCCCUUCGUCGGUAGAAUCUGCUGCCAUUCUGCGAGAGCUGCUCAACUUAAGUGAGCUUAAUGAGCAGAAGCAUUAUCUAAACAACAACAACUCUGACAACCAUGGAAAAAUCACAAAGCGAUAUGGAGGAUUCAUGAAUGGAUUCAAGAGAAUCUCUGAAGGCUUAACAGAAUUGCAAAAAAGAUAUGGGGGCUUCAUGAGAAGGUUUGGUAAACCAGAUUACCAAAAAAGGUAUGGUGGAUUUAUGAAACGUCAAAACAAUGCUGUCAUUUCUUCUGAUGAAGAUGGUGAAAUUUAUUCCAAAGGAGUCCCCGAAUUUGAAAAGAGAUAUGGUGGAUUUAUGAGAAUUUAGUCAUCCGAUCAGAAAGACUGCCUCUGUUCUCGUAUUUAAGUGUACUAUGUUGCUUAGAAUGUACAGGUGUUUUUUACUGUUUAGUUUAACAAGAACAGGCUACCUGCAACGUAGAUCUUACUUGCAGAUAUAUCUUGCCUUUGGUUGAGAUGAGAUUAUCAAGAUGAAUUGUAUGCCUUCUUUGUGCAAUUUCUUCUCGAACUAUUAACUGUUGUCUAAUUUUCAUUAAAUGUUAUCUCAAAAUGAUCUCAUCUGCCUAGUUGUACAUAUUCAAAUA